AUGGUUCCCACCAAAAAGGUCCUCGUCCUAGGCGCAACAGGCAAGCAAGGCGCUGCCGUCGUCGACGCUCUCCUCGACCUCCCAUCCAGCUCACCAACCCUCGAGAUCCUCGCCCUUACACGAAGCCCCGAGUCCGCAAAGAUCAAGUCCCUCAUCGAGACGGCAAAGGCCAAGGGCGUCACUGUCACGCCCGUCAAGGGAGACCUCAAGGACUCCCCAGCGCCAGUCUUCGAAGCCCACCCACGCGUCGACACAGUCUUCGUCGUGACUACCAUCGGUAAUGAGGACGCCAUCGGAAAGGCCUGGGUUGAUGCCGCCAUCGACAAGGGAGAAGCCUCGCAGAUCGUGCUGACGUCUGUUGACCGUGGUGGCGAGGAUAAGUCAUGGGUGAACCCGACCGAUGUACCGCACUUCUUGCAAAAGCACGCCAUAGAAGUGUAUCUCCGUGAUCGUGCAGACGAGCUUGAGAAGAAUGGCAGAAAGUUUCGCUGGACCAUCCUGCGCCCGACGGCGUUCUUGGAUAACACCAACCCGGGCAUGUUUGGCAAGCUCGUCUCGGUGCGGGAUAUCGGACUCUUUGCGGCCAAGGCUGUUGGGAAUCCUGAGCAGUGGGAUCGGAGAGCUGUGUCGCUUGCAGGCGACAGUAUCACUUACGCCCAGGCGAGAGAGACUUUCAAGAGAGUAGUCGGCAGCGAUAUGCCGCAGACGUACACCAUCUUUGGUCAGGGCAUGCUCUGGGCUAUCGCCGAUGUAGGCAAGAUGUUUGAGUUCUUUAGAACUGAAGGUUAUGGGGCGGAUAUUCAAGUUCUGCGGAAGGAGGAGCCACGUUUACAGACUUUUGAGGCUUGGCUGAAGGAGAGUAGUGGGUGGAAGAACGAGAUGAGCGGUCUUUGA